CUGUUCCUGCUCAGGAGAAAGCCAGGCUCCAGAAGCAACAUGUCUCAGCUGGAAACUGCAAUGGCAAUGACCAUUGCUGUCUUUGACCAGUAUGCAAGGGCUGAUGGCAACAGGCAAACCCUCUGCAAAGCAGAACUGAAGACUCUGCUGGAAAAGGAGCUCCCAAAUUUCCUUGCGUCUGGGAAGGACAAGAAUGCUAUUGAUAAAGUCUUCAAGAACCUGGAUGAAAAUGGAGAUUCCCAAGUGGACUUCAAAGAAUUUGUCAUCUUUGUGGCAUCUCUGACUUGCUGCUGUCACAAAUAUUUUGAGCAGAAUGCAGCCAAAUAGUUGUCAAACUACUCACAAAAGCUGUCUUUGCUUGUGCUCCAUAUGCCAGGGAUAUGGAUCCCUUCACUACUUCCAUGUACUGCUGGCAAGUUUGCAAGCACGCUGGACUGUAAAAAUAAACCCUACUGAGCUUAUUCCCUGAA